AUGGGAGACAAAUUUCGAGGCGGAUCAGGGAAGUUUAAAAAGGGAAAUAAUAAUAAUCAGGUACAUAAAGGAAAUAUGUGGAAAGGUUCUAAUGGAGGAAGAGGCGGAGGAGAUGGAGGAGGAAGAGGAGGAAGAGGAGGUGGUGGAGGAAGAGGCGGAGGUGGAAGAGGUGGAGGUGGAAGAGGAGGCGGAGGAAGAGGAGGCGGAGGAAGAGGUGGAGGAGGUGGUGGAAGAGGUGGAGGAGGAAAUAAAGAUAAAGGAUUUAAAAAAGGAAAAGUAAUUGUAGUUCCACAUAGAUUUCCAGGAGUUUAUUUAUUAAAAGGGAAAUCAGAUAUUUUAGUUACAAAAAAUUUAGUACCUGGGGAAAGUGUAUAUGGAGAAAAAAGAUAUGAAGUUAUGACAGAUGAUGAAAAAACCGAAUAUAGAGUUUGGAAUCCUUUUAGAUCUAAAUUAGGAGCAUGCUUAAUGGGAGGAGUUGGUAAUAUGCCAAUAAAACCUGGAAGUAAAGUUUUAUAUCUCGGUGCAGCUAAUGGUACUUCAGUUUCACAUGUAUCUGAUAUGGUAGGUGAUGAAGGAAUUGUUUAUGCUGUUGAAUUUUCACAUAGAUCUGGUAGAGAUUUAACAAACAUGGCAAAAAAAAGAUUAAAUAUUGUACCUAUUGUUGAAGAUGCUAGACAACCAAUUAAAUACAGAAUGUUAGUAGAUAUGGUUGAUGUAGUAUUUGCCGAUGUUGCUCAACCUGAUCAGGCACGUAUUGUUGCUAUGAAUGCUCAUAUGUUUUUAAAAACUGGUGGAUGGUUUGUUAUUUCAAUUAAAGCAAACUGUGUUGAUUCUACUGCUAAACCAGAGGUCGUUUUUGCAUCAGAAAUGGAAAAACUUAAAAAAGAAAGUUGUAAGCCCAAAGAAAAAUUAACAUUAGAACCUUAUCAUAGAAACCAUGCCAUUGUAUUGGGAAUGUAUCGAUAG